AUGUUGCAUCCGCUACGUUUACUAACCCUAUUAUGGGCUGUCGCUGCAUCUCAAUUCAUUUUUUAUGCAACAAACCAUUUACAGUUUGAUUGCUUGUAUUAUCCCUUGGACGCUUUGUUUUUACCAGAAUUAAUUCAGUAUUGUCAUGAGACGAUCAACAAUAAUAAUUUAGAAGUAUUUGAUUCUCUCGAUACAUAUGAACAAAAUUUUACUUUCGAUGAGUUAUACUAUUUGAAUAUCACUGCAUAUGAUCUUCUUUCAUGGUCGACAUCAAUCGAUCUCGCUGAACAAUAUCAAUAUUAUAUUGAUGAACCGAGUCAAUUAUCGACAUCGAGUAAAAUAUUCUUCAACUGUACACAACCAUGGUUUGGAGCUCGAUGUCAAUAUUCCUUGGAAUUAAGCGAUCCAAUUAUUCUAGCAGAUGCUAGUUUAAGAAAUCUUUCUAUCAUUAAUCAUACAUGCUAUAUUCUUCUGGACUGUGUUCGCGUUCAUCCAUCGAUGUGUCUUGAUUGGCGUGAGGUGUGCGAUGGUCGAAUCGAUUGUCUCAAUGGUGAUAUCGAUGAAAUGGAAUGUUUCGACUUAGAAAUAAAUGAAUGUGAUCCGAACGAAUAUCGAUGCCACAAUGGUUUGUGUAUUUCAAAAAUUUUCUGGAAAAAUGAAGAAGAUACUGCUGAAUAUCUUGACCAAUCGGAUUUAUGGUACAUAUUUGAGUGUCCAAUAUCAUUGUUUACAUUUAAUACAUUUCAUAUGUUUGCAUGUGAAGAAUAUUCAUGUCGACCGGGUGAACAACAAUUUUCAUGUGGUAACGGACAAUGUGUUGAAGAUUUUGAUGAAUGUCAAAAUGGUCGACAUCUCUCACUAGUUAAAUCAAUGAAUAUCCAAGGAAAUUUAUCGUAUGAUUGCUGGGUAAUAAUGACUUGUUUGAGUAAAAUUAUCGAUGAAAUCGAUGGACAAGUAUGUGAACAUAUUUUUAAUUCGUCUCGUAUUCUUGGUCAAAUACAAACAUGCGAAUAUUUGACUCAAUUUCCAACAAUUCCUGUUCUUUUCGGUCACGUACGUUUUCUGUAUGUUUCGAAAAAUAUAUCCUAUGUAAAUAUCAGUUCAGCUCUCGUACCUAAUUAUGUUUGCUAUGAUGAACAAUUGUGCGAUUUUCUCAUUCCUACAUUUCGUCAUGAAAUUUAUACUUGUCGACAUGGUCAUGAAAUGGGUGUCGAAUUAAAUGUGACAUACGACAGUUGGAAAUCGAUCAUUGAUUCAGUCAAACCAUUUUUUCGUGGUUGUCGAAAUGUAUAUCACAUUGGAAAUUCUUCUGAAAAUUCAUUGUAUAUAUGCAAGAAUUCAUCGAAAUCCAUUUCUCCACAUCGAAUCAUCGACAAUAUCUCCGAUUGUUAUUUGAACGAUGAUGAAACAGCAUUUGAACUCAGUUGUUCGAUGAAGGAUACACAACGUUUUAUGUGUCCAAAUGAAAUUCAAUGUCGAUCGCCAUUAUUUCGAGAACCCGAGUGUCCUUCUUUGAUGUAUCGUAGUUUCGAUGAGAUUUUGUUCCAUGAAAUAUGUGAUAGAAUCGUUGAUAUAUUACCUGUAACAAUUGAUGAACAAAAUCAUACGGAUGAAACUGAUUGUCAAAACUGGCAAUGUAACGAUAUUUAUACACGAUGUAGUGGCAGUCUAAAUGUGCCGCCACCUGAAUUCUAUACCGUUUUAACCGACGAACAAUAA